AUGGCAUUAAGUAUUAAACAAUUCAUUAAUGUGGCCGGUAUGGUUAAGGACCUUAAGAGUUUCAAUUUCAGUGUAUACGGUAGGUGGUUCGGCUAUAUCAACAUUAUCCUAUGCAUAGCCCUAGGGAUAGCGAACCUAUUCCAUGUGAAUGCCGUUGUGGCAUUUGGUGUCGUAGCCAUUGUACAAGGUGUUGUCAUUUUAUUUAUUGAAGUCCCAUUCCUGUUGAAGAUAUGUCCGAUGUCUGAUAAUUUUAUUGAAUUUAUUAAGAAGUUUGAAACGAACGGUUGGAGAUGUGUCUUUUAUUUGGUGAAUGCAAUCAUUCAAUACUGUUCAAUUGCUCUGAUGGCUACAAGUCUUAUCGUAUGUGCUGUAGGAUUAACUAUAUCUUCCAUAUCAUACGCUGUAGCAUUUUCAACAAAACAAGAAUUUCAAAAUACUCACAUUAUUAAAAAUCCAACAGAUGAUGAUUUCCCACAUGAAGCUGUUGUGAGAGAAAUGUUAUAA